UUGGAGCAGCUUCUGGACACCAGUGAGGGCAUCUCCAGCGAAGCCAGGCGCAAGCAAUCUCUGCAGCGGGUGCACGAGGAGGGGAAGCGUGUCUUCGAUGAGCUCUCCGAGAAGCUUUACACCUUGGAGGUGCAGAAGAAUGAUGUGGAUGAGGAAGUGGGCAGGCUGCAGACCUUGGUGGCCGAUUUGGAGAAUCAGUUGGCUUCGGUCCGCCGACAGCGCGAUGAGCUGCAGAGAUCCUCAGCCUCUGCCAGCACCGGAAGACCCGAGAGUGGAGGCCUUGAACUUGGCGUUGCCGUGGGCCGCAGCUCUAAGGCGUUCACCGCAUCUGUGA